AUGACAGACCCUGAAGCCAAGAAAUCUGAAAUCCCAAAAGGUGAUUGGGAAGGAAGGCACGAUACUGUCCCUUCCCUCACUGAAUGCUUCCACACCGGACGAAGAAGGCAGAUUCACUCACAAGAUAUGGCACAUGAUGGCUUGCGUAUGAUCCUCUAUAGAAACUCUCUCUGGUGGAAGCGUGUGUCCCUCCCUGUGCUGGCCUUUUUUACUGGACAUGGAGCGAGUAAGACACAACAAGUCUGCAGCAAGAGGAAAAUAACGUGCGUGGUCGACGAGUAA